AUGGCCACGCUGGCUUGCCGGGUGCAGUUCUUGGACGACACCGACCCUUUCAACAGUACCAACUUCCCCGAGCCCAGCCGGCCGCCGCUGUUCACGUUCCGCGAGGACCUCGCGCUCGGCACCCAGCUGGCCGGGGUCCAUCGGCUGCUAAGGGCGCCGCACAAGCUGGACGACUGUACUCUGCAGCUGUCCCACAAUGGCACCUACCUGGAUCUGGAGGCCACACUGGCAGAGCAGCGGGAUGAGUUGGAAGGCUUCCAGGAUGACGCUGGGAGGGGCAAGAAGCACAGCAUCAUCUUGAGGACGCAGCUGUCCGUGAGGGUCCAUGCCUGCAUCGAAAAACUGUACAACUCUUCUGGACGAGAUUUAAGAAGGGCCCUUUUCUCCCUGAAGCAGAUAUUUCAGGAUGACAAGGAUUUGGUGCAUGAAUUUGUCGUGGCUGAAGGUCUGACGUGUUUGAUCAAGGUGGGAGCUGAGGCGGAUCAGAACUAUCAGAACUACAUCCUGAGGGCUUUGGGCCAGAUUAUGUUGUACGUGGAUGGGAUGAACGGAGUAAUAAACCACAAUGAAACCAUUCAGUGGCUGUACACUCUUGUUGGCUCAAAGUUCCGCCUGGUGGUGAAGACGGCCCUGAAGCUGCUGCUGGUCUUUGUAGAGUACUCGGAGUCCAAUGCACCUCAUCUCAUUCAGGCUGUCUGUGCCGUUGACACCAAAAGAGGCAUUAAGCCCUGGUCAAAUAUCAUGGAAAUCCUGGAAGAAAAAGAUGGCGUUGACACGGAGCUGCUGGUUUAUGCAAUGACUUUGGUGAACAAGACGUUGUCAGGAUUGCCAGACCAAGACUCCUUCUACGACGUGGUGGAUUGUCUGGAGGAGCUGGGUAUUGCUGCUGUGUCCCAGAGGCAUCUGAACAAGAAGGGAACUGACCUGGACUUAGUGGAGCAAUUUAACAUUUACGAGGUGGCGCUCAAGCAUGAGGAUGGUGAAGAGAUAGCAGAGCCACCCCCCAGUGGGCUCCGGGACCGCAGGAGGGCCAGCGUGUGUUCUGGUGGCAGUGGGGGUGAGCAGCAGAGCAUUGACCGCAGGAGGAGCCGCAGGCACUCGGUUCAGACCCUCAAGAGUCCGCUGUCGGCUCCUACCAGUCCCUGCUCCCUGUCAGCUGCUGCCUUCAAGCCGAACCAAAUACGAGACCUCUGUGAAAAGGAUGAGGAGGAGGAGGAGGAACCAGUCACGGAACCCAAUUCAGAGGAGGAGAGAGAGGACGAUGCCCAGUGCCAGGGCAAGGACAGGUACCAAGGUCCUGCCUUAGAGCAGGGCACCACUGAGAAGGGUACUGCUCCCCAGAGUUCGGCGCUCCCAGACACCUCAAGUGACACCUUACAGGAAAAACGGAUCCCAACCAGCACAGCAGCAGGGAAUCUCUUGCACAGACCAUCCUCUGGGCCUGAGGCCACCCGGCCUGCUCUCCUGCCACCCCCCAAUCCUGCCUCAGCUUCUCGGCCCCCCUCCACCACACUGAAGGCGUCGCCAACCACAGACAAGCUGCCCUACGUGCCCCACAGCCCCUUCCACCUCUUCUCCUAUGACUUUGAGGAUUCUCCCUUACCCACCAAGGAGAAGGAAGCAGAACCGCAGAAGGAGAACAGUUCCCCUGACUCUUCUCCUUGGAACACACACACUGCUUCGGAGCCUUACAACUUCCGGUCUUUCUCUUCUAAUAGAUACAGCAACUUUGGUAACAGGUCUUUCUACUCCUCAAGAUUCUCAUCUGGACCCAGUGUGCCCCCCAUACCUUUAUCUCUCACCCCCCCCCAGGAGGGCAGGUUGAAGAGGUCAUCACUGAGUGGUCUUCUCACAUCAUCCUUUAGGCAGCACCAAGAGUCCCUGGCGGCAGAGAGAGAGAGGCGGCGACAGGAGAGAGAAGAAAGGUUGCAGAGAAUAGAACGGGAAGAAAGAAACAAAUUCAACCGAGAGUAUUUAGACAAAAGAGAAGAGCAAAGACAAGCAAGAGAAGGAAGAUACAAGUACUUGGAACAGUUGGCAGCUGAGGCACACGAGAAGGAGCUGAGAAGCCGGAGUGCAAGCCACGGCAGAACUGACCUCUCCUUGGACCUGACCUCACCGUCAGCCCCUGCUUUGCCUGCCCCUCUGAGCCAGAACUCUUCAUCCUUAAACUCGAAAGAGGCUCUCCACGUGUUACCCUCCUCCCUAGGAACACCUCUGCAUCCCCAAGUGAGUGCUGGGGAUCCUGAGCCUGAAUUGGAGGCAGAGGCAAGGCAAGUUGCCAAUGAAGCCAGCCAGGACAUAGCCUCUUCCCAAGGGGAAGCGGAGAGUGAAGGGGAGCGGGCACUGGAGCAAGAGCCCGAAGAGCGAGCCUCCCUCAGUGAAAAAGAGAGGCAGAACGAGGAGGUGAACGAGAGGGACAACUGCUCGGCCUCCAGCAUCUCGUCCUCCAGCAGCACCUUGGAAAGGGAAGAGAAGGAGGACAAGCUCUCCAGGGACAGGGCAACUGGUGUGUGGUCCACAGGCAUUCAGGAUGGAGGUGUAAAUGGACAGUGUGGCGAUAUCCUCACCAACAAACGGUUCAUGCUGGACAUGCUGUAUGCCCAUAACAGAAAGUCCACGGAUGACGAGGAGAAGGACGAGAGAGAGACCAGGAGCAAGGAGCCGGAGGCGGAGGCGGUAGCCAGCCUCGCCUCCAGGAUAUCCACCCUGCAGGCCAACUCUCAGGCCCAGGACGAGAGCGUCAGGAGGGUGGACGUCGAAUGUUUGGACAACCGGGGAAGCGUAAAAGCAUUUGCUGAGAAAUUCAACAGCGGGGACCUGGGGAGAGGCCCUAUCUCUGAGGAUGGGUCCAAUGACAAGGUCCCCGAGACAGCACCUGCGCAGCUGAAAACAGAGUCCGAUUACAUCUGGGACCAGCUCAUGGCCAAUCCUCGGGAGCUCAAAAUCCAAGACAUGGAUUUCACCGAUCUGGGAGAGGAGGACGACAUUGAUGUCCUGGACGUGGACCUGGGUCACAGGGAAGCCCCAGGACCACCACCUCCACCCCCGCCCACCUUUCUGGGUCUGCCACCCCCGCCCCCACCGCCCCUGUUGGACAGCGUCCCACCCCCUCCAGUCCCUGGUAAUUUAUUGGCUCCUCCUCCUCCAGUGUUUAACUCUCCUCAGGGCUUAGGGUGGUCCCAGGUACCCAGGGGUCAGCCCGCAUUCACCAAGAAAAAGAAGACCAUCCGUCUGUUCUGGAAUGAAGUCAGGCCUUUUGAUUGGCCAUGUAAGAACAACCGCCGCUGCAGAGAAUUCCUAUGGUCGAAACUGGAACCCAUUAAGGUGGACACUUCCAAACUGGAGCACCUGUUUGAGUCUAAAUCCAAGGAACUGUCUGUCACAAAGAAAACUGCUGCAGAUGGAAAAAGGCAGGAGAUCAUCGUUCUAGAUUCCAAGAGGAGCAAUGCCAUCAAUAUUGGUCUUACGGUCCUGCCCCCUCCAAGAACGAUUAAGAUAGCCAUUUUGAAUUUUGAUGAAUAUGCCUUAAACAAAGAAGGAAUUGAGAAAAUUCUAACCAUGAUUCCAACUGAAGAGGAGAAGCAGAAAAUCCAGGAAGCUCAGCUGGCCAAUCCUGAAAUGCCCUUGGGCAGUGCCGAGCAGUUCCUCCUCACGCUGUCCUCCAUCAGUGAGCUUUCUGCUCGGCUCCACCUCUGGGCGUUCAAAAUGGAUUAUGAAACCACAGAAAAGGAAGUGGCAGAACCACUUUUGGACCUGAAGGAAGGAAUAGACCAGUUGGAGAACAAUAAAACCUUGGGCUUUAUCCUGUCUACUCUCCUCGCUAUUGGGAACUUUCUAAAUGGAACUAAUGCCAAAGCGUUUGAGUUAAGCUACCUCGAGAAGGUUCCAGAAGUGAAAGACACAGUGCACAAGCAGUCGCUUCUCCACCACGUGUGCACCAUGGUGGUGGAAAACUUCCCAGACAGUUCCGAUCUGUAUUCAGAGAUUGGGGCCAUCACCAGGUCAGCCAAGGUUGACUUUGAUCAACUUCAGGAUAAUUUAUGUCAGAUGGAGAGAAGAUGCAAAGCUUCAUGGGAUCACCUCAAGGCAAUUGCAAAACACGAAAUGAAACCAGUUUUAAAACAGCGAAUGUCAGAGUUCCUAAAAGACUGUGCAGAGCGAAUUAUAAUUUUAAAGAUUGUCCACAGAAGGAUAAUUAACAGAUUCCACUCCUUUUUGCUCUUUAUGGGCCAUCCACCUUAUGCAAUUCGGGAAGUGAACAUAAACAAGUUCUGCAGGAUCAUUAGUGAAUUUGCACUAGAGUAUCGCACUACCAGGGAGAGGGUUUUGCAGCAGAAACAGAAACGGGCCAACCACAGAGAGAGAAAUAAGACCAGAGGGAAGAUGAUCACUGAUACUGAUGACGAGGAUGAAGUUGAGACUGGCAAGCUCUCUGGCAGUUGUCCGGUACCACCCAGCCAGCCGCAGGGUCUGAGCUAUGCCGAGGAUGCAGCUGAACAUGAGAACAUGAAGGCCGUACUGAAAACCACCUCCCCUGCCAUGGAGGAUGCCACCCCCGUGCUGGGCAUCCGCACACGCAGCCGGGCAAGCAGAGGAUCCACUAAUUCAUGGGCUAUGGGAACUGAUGACUCACAUACCAUCACAGACGAUGCUGCAGAUGAGAUCAUGGACCGCAUUGUCAAGUCGGCCACCCAAGUGCCCAGUCAGCGAGUGGUGCCAAGGGAGAGGAAGCGAUCUCGGGCCAACCGCAAAUCUCUGCGAAGGACCCUGAAGAGUGGCCUGACUCCAGAAGAAGCCAGAGCCCUGGGCCUGGUUGGCACCUCCGAGCUGCAGCUGUGA